AAGGGGGCGGGGCCUCAGAGGACGGAGCGGAAGCGAAGCGCGCAGACGUUCGUUGGCACGCGGUGCUCGUGAGCGACGUUCGGCGGCGCGGCGACAACCAAUAGAAACAGUAAGAAGCGCGCGCUGCUAGUUUGCGGCGCGUGAUGGCAGCCAGGGGGCCCGAGAAAACGGUCGGUGACAUUUUCCGCUCCAUGGAGUUCGGCCCCGCGACCCCCAGCAGCCGCGCUGCUGCACAGGCCUGGCUGGAGCAUCGCUCUCACUCCCUUGGUCUUUUCAUCGGCGGAGAAUUUGUCCGUCCGGCAGAUGGACAGACGAGCGUCGUGACGGAUGCCGCAGGGGGCAGCGUGUGCAGCACCGCGUGCGCGGGUGACGAGGACGUGGCGGCGGCCGUCGCCGCAGCUUCCGGCGCCUUCAAAGUGUGGAGUGGCCUCACCUGCCCCCGGCGAGCCCGGGUUCUGCAGAGGCUGGGCGACGGCCUUCAGAGACACAGCCAGUGCCUCGCCGAGCUCUGCGAGAUGACGCGGUGCCCCUGUCCCGCGUCGGCCCUGGUUCGACUGGCGCAGUACUACGCUGGCUGGGCUCAGCUGCGGGAUGCUGUACUUCCAGGGUGGAGUCCUCUAGGUGUCGUGGCCGUGCUGGUUUCCGACGACCGCUCCCUGUUCGCCGCCUUCCUCAAGGUGUUCCCGGCGCUGGCCGUGGGCAACGCUGUGGUUUUGAAACCCGGUGCGGGGACGGCUCCUCCCGCUCUCCUCAUGGCUGCUAUUUUUGGGGAGGCGGGACUUCCUGCGGGCGUGUUCAACAUUGUGACGGGUCCAGGAGUGUCGCUGGGGGUCAGACUGGCCCAGACCCCCGAUGUCAACUAUGUCACGUACAGCGGCAGUAAAAAGGAGGCGGAGCUGCUGGUGAGGGAGACCGCAGGCUCCUGCGCCCCUGUCUCGCUCUCCCUUUUGACCGACGCCAUCUGUCCCUUCAUCGUGUUCGACUCGGCCGAUGUGGACAGCGCCGUGGACGCGGUGAUGGAGGCCGUCUUCGGGAAAGCCAGAGAAUGCCACUGGGUGUUGUGUGUGCAGGAGUCCAUCUGGGAGGGUUUGGCUGCCCGGCUCAAGGUUCGAAUAGCAGGAGCGAAGUGCCUCCCUCUGCGGUCGGAGUCGGAUCGGCAUGCUGUGAAUGCUGCAGUACAGGAGGCCCAACAGCAGGGGGCAGAAGUGAUUCAGCCAUGCCCCGCCCCCUCAUCGUCCUCCCUGUACCCCCCCACCGUGUUGCUGGGGGUCGCUCCAUCAUGUCCCUCCGUCGUCUCGCCACCGCCAGGACCCAUCCUACCCGUCCUGUCAUUCAGAACUGCCACAGAAGGGGUCACCUUAGGGAACCACACCCCCCAUGGACUGGCAGCCUCUGUAUGGACCGAGGACCUGACCCUCGCUCUCGAGACGGCCAGGAGUCUCUCUGUGGGCUCCGUGUGGCUGAAUUCCCACUCUGUUCUGGACCCAUCACUCACUGUCUCUGGGGUCAAAGAGAGUGGCAACUGCACCGACGGCGGCCGGGAGGGUCUCUUCCAGUUCCUGCGGCCCUCCGUGGCCCCGGCCCGCUCCCCAUCCUCCCCGCUGCCGCUGGAUUACGGCCGGUUCGGGACCACCGGGUCGGGAGUUCUCCUUCCGCAGGCGGUCGGAGGGGCCGAUGCGUCCAGGGCCCCUCGCUCCUACCCCCAGCUGGUGGGUGGGCGCCAGUGCGCCGCUGACUCUGGCUGCAGUUUACAGGUUUUGGCCCCAGGGGGCAGUGUGAUCGCUCUGUGCCCCAGCAGCGGGCGGAAGGAUGUGCGCAAUGCUGUUGAGGCGGCUCUCAAGGUGCAGCCUGGGUGGGCUGCAAGUAGUGUGCCUUGGCGCUCUCGGACACUGCGCUCUCUCGCUGAGAGCCUCGAGCGGAGGGGAGGGGACGUGGCGGUGGCGCUCAGUGCUCAGACGGGCUGCUCCAAGGAGGAGGCAUGCAGGGAGGUGGAGCUCAGCGUGUUCCGCCUCUCCGAAUGGGCAGCCCACUGCGAGACGCGCGCCGGAGGAGGAGGAGCGCAGGCUCUGCCCCAGUCGGGCAUGGCGCUGUGCCUCCCGGAGCCCCUGGGCGUGAUCGGCGCCGUGCUGCCUGAUGCCAAGCCCCUCCUCUCGCUCAUCUCUCUGCUGGGGGCUGCGGUCGCCGCUGGCAACGCCGUGGUGAUGGUGCCGAGUGAGAAGAGCCCACUCCCCGCCUUGGAGUUUGUGCAGGUGCUGCAGGCAUCUGACGUGCCAGGGGGCGUGGUCAGCAUUGUGAGUGGCCACAGGGACCAGCUGACCCGGGCGCUGGCCAAUCACAGCGUCGUACAAGCCGUGUGGUAUUGCGGGGGACAGGAAGGGGCGCAGUACCUCCAGUGGGCCUGCGGUGAAUCCCCGAAGCGGCUGUGGGUGCGAAGCGAGGACUCGCUGUGGGAGCGAUGUGAGGCGGCGUUGCUGGAGGAGCUCUGGGCGCAGGCUGUGCGCUGGAAGAGUGUGUGGAUCCCCACAGCCUAGAGGGGGUGCUGUGGGACUGGGGUGGGAGGGGGUCCUCGGUGCUGUCUCAGGGUCCGAUGCCGAGAGGUUGUGUGUGUGUGUUUGGGAUGCAUAUCAGAGCUGACCUGGUCCCAGAUUGGGGCUCUCUGCGCACGGUGUGUCCGGUGCUCUCCCGGUACACUGCCCCCUGUUGGAUCGGCUAACCAUACACUGACCAGACACCCCAUCGCUGUGUGUCCGGCGGUUGCGGUGUGACUGGAACGCCAUCCUCGGGCGCUCGGCCUCAUGGGGAACGUCAGCUUCCUCUUGUCAGUCAGCUGGAGCACAUCUGCUCACGACGAAGGUGCUGAACAAAGUGCAUCAAAAUGUGUAAUUACCUGAAAAUGUGGCUCCGCCCUCUGUGCUGAUCACCCCCCCAUUGUCUGAGUCAGAGGGUCCAGUAAAAACAAAAGUUUGUCCAGC